AUGGCUACAUCAAAAAAAACCCAAGUCUCCCUCGAGGACGAAUUGAAAAAACUUGGCUACGAGUUGAAUUCAGUCCUCGGAGAGGGCAGCUAUGGGAAGGUCAUGUCGGCCACGUCCAACACCUACGGAAAAGUUGCCUUGAAAAUUAUCAACAAAAAGCACCCGUCGAAAGAUUAUUAUUCAAAAUUUCUGCCGAGAGAAAUUGAUACUUUGAAAUCGCUGAACCAUCCGAAUAUCGUGAAAUUACACGAAGUCAUUGAUAUUUACGACAAGAUAAUUUUAGUGAUGGAGCUUGCAGGCAGAGGUGACCUGCUGAAUUACAUCAAGCUGAGAGGAGCUCUGCCUGAAGAGAAGGCGAAGAUAAUGUUCUACCAACUCCUCAGUGCCAUUGAAUACAUGCAUGCCAGGAACAUUGUGCACAGAGAUCUGAAGUGCGAAAACAUCCUUCUAGACAACGAGAACAACGUGAAAGUAUCUGACUUUGGUUUCUCGAGGCGACAAAUGGUGGACCAGCUGAGCAAGACUUACUGCGGCAGUGCCGCCUACACCGCUCCUGAAAUUUUGCAAGGAAUUCCGUACAAAGGGACUUCUGGAGACAUUUGGAGUCUGGGAGUUAUCUUGUAUAUCAUUGCUUGCGGCUCGAUGCCCUUCGACGAUUCCAACGUGAAGAAGAUGAUAGCCACUCAACUGGAGCGUAAGGUGGGCUUCAGCAAGAGCAAACGAAUAUCGGAAGACCUGCAAAAACUAAUUCACGGGAUGUUGCAGGCGUCCAUUGAAAAGAGAUACACAAUUCAGGAUAUAAAGGAGUCCGCCUGGCUGGCUCCCACCGUUGCCAGGUUCAACUCCAUCGACACAACGGCGAACCACAUCGCGGAGAAAGUGAACACGAGCUGAGACGGAUUGCUUUGUUGCGGCCAUCUACGUCUGAUCUUUUAUCGUUUAUUCAAGAAGAAAACAUGCAAGGAAACGAGCAGCAGUGUGGGAGGAUAUUUGUCGUCGGAAUCGAGGCAACGUUCGUCGUUUGCUCAGCAUGGGGCGGUGGAAUUCAAUUCUUCCACGACCACCGAUGCUGACAAUAGAAAUACGAAAAGUUUUUCAAGAAAUCGCCACGAGACGAAUCGUGUGGUGUACACGUAUAGCAGCGAUUUUUUCGCUAGAACUAAUAAUAACGGUAAGAAUUUAGGCCAGGAAACUUGGCAACAAUUUAGGUGAAGAUUGAAUCUUUGAAAUUUGAAGACGACUUGAUAAACGAUAAAACUUCAUUUAACAACACCUCAUGUCACUUUAGUAGUAGGGGGACGUUGCGGCGUAAUUUAGAGACCACAAAACUUUCCUUUCGUCAGAUGAAGAAAGAGAAUAUAUGAUAAAUUUAUCUGGAAAAAAAUACUGACUGUCUGUAAGGCUGGAAAAAAAUUAUUUAAAGAAACGUGCCUGUUCAGCAAUUUCAAUGGCCAAAUACAAAAAUUGAAACUGAGCAUAAGCAGCUAUCGAAAAAAAGAAUGAAUUUCAUGUUCGUGAAGAGAAUUUUUCAAACUACAAACCAAUUUUCAACUGUACGAGUAGUGUUUCCCUGUUCUUACAGUUUUUGAUGAAGUGUUUGAAAAAGUUUUUUG